ACCCGAAUCUGCUCAGGAAGAGGCGGGGCAGCCGCGCGGUGGCACGCGCCUGCGCAGUGGUACGUGGGUAGAGGCGGGCUCUACAGCGGCGGUCGCUAUGGAGCGCUACGCUGGGGGCUACGAGGAGGCGGCGGACGGCGCCCGGCAACAGGAACGGCACUACCAGCUGCUGUCGGCGCUGCAGGGGCUCGUCAAGGAGUUGCCCAGCUCUUUCCAGCAGCGCUUGUCCCACACCACCCUCAGUGACCUGGCCCUGGUGCUCAUCGACGGCACCGUUUUCGAGAUCGUUCAAGGAUUGCUCGAAAUCCAGCAUCUCACAGAGAAAAGCCUUUACAACCAGCGGCUCAAGCUGCAGAACGAACACCGAGUGCUCAAGCAGACGCUGCUCAACAAGCACAAGGAGGCCCAGCAGGCCUGUCGGCCCCACAACUUGCCCAUCCUGCGGGCGGCCCAGCAGCGGGAACAGGAGGCUGUGGAACAUCGAAUCAGGGAGGAGCAGAGGAUGAUGGAUGAGAAGAUCGUCCUGGAAUUGGACCAGAAGGUGGUGGAUCAGCAGAGCACCCUGGAAAAAGCCGGUGUCACAGGCUUCUAUGUGACCACGAACCCCCAGGAGCUGACUCUGCAGAUGAACCUGCUCGAGCUCAUUCGGAAGCUGCAACAGCGAGGAUACCAGCCCGGAAAGCCCUUCCCCUGAGCUGCUUCUGCCAGGGAGGGCGGCGAGUCCUUCGAGGCCGGAGCCUCCUGUCGGUGUUUCAGACGAUGCUUCCUCGCGGGAGGCGGUGGGCGGCCGGCCCGCCCUUUGGCCCUCGCCCACCCACCUGCCGUGAACUCUGGGGGGGGCGGGGGGGGGGCUUCCAAUUAAAAUCUGAACUCGA